UACUUCACCCCCCUCGGUUCGCCAGAUAGUAGUAGGGUCAGGGGCCGCAGUCCAGGGGCGGGCCCAGGGGAGGGGGGCAGGUUACAGGGACCCCCCCCUCCCCGGGAAGCGGCGGUGGGCGGGGCUUGAACCCCGGAAACGGUGGGGGGCCCAGGCCUGGACCUGGACCCCUGGGCAGUGGGGGCUGGAAAGGGGACAGUUUAAAGGGUCCGGGGCGCUGGGGAGAGGUAGGGCGGGGUUGGGGGAGGGGAGCUGGGACUCGGACCCGGGACUGAGUGGGGCCCGGGCAGAAGCCGAGCACCCUGCGUCCGAGAAGCCCCCGUUGGCCUGGGGGGGCUGAGGGACUGAGCCCCCCAGAGCAGGACCUCCCCCUGGAAGGGCCGCGCCGCAGCCCGUGGGAGGGCCUCGCCCCCGGCGCCCCCCAUCUCCACUCGCUGCCGUCCCGGCCUCCGCCGGAGGGAGGGGCCGAGCGCCCUCGGGGGGCCGUGGACCCCGGCGUUCUGAGCGUUCCGCGCCCGGCGCCGCCCGGCCCCCCCGCCGUCGAUGGCCGCCGACCCGCCGGGAGCUGCCGAGAAGGGAGAGAUGGCUCCCGGGACACGUGUGAGCCCUCGGCGUUGCUGACGCCCCCAAUGUCGUCGAGCAGCCGGGGGCCGGGGGCCGGAGCGCGCCGACGCCGAACCCGCUGCCGCCGCUGCCGGGCCUGUGUGCGAACUGAGUGCGGGGACUGCCACUUCUGCCGAGACAUGAAGAAGUUCGGGGGGCCUGGGCGCAUGAAGCAGUCGUGCCUGCUCCGGCAGUGCACUGCCCCCGUGCUCCCACACACAGCUGUGUGCCUCUUGUGUGGGGAGGCUGGAAAGGAGGACACAGUGGAGGGAGAGGAAGAGAAAUUUGGUUUGAGCCUCAUGGAGUGUACAAUCUGCAAUGAGAUCGUCCACCCUGGCUGCCUGAAGAUGGGGAAGGCUGAGGGUGUCAUCAAUGCAGAAAUUCCUAACUGCUGGGAGUGCCCUCGCUGUACCCAGGAAGGCCGGACUAGCAAGGAUUCAGGUGAGGGACCAGGCCGCCGCAGGGCUGACAAUGGCGAGGAGGGCGCCAGCCUGGGGAGUGGAUGGAAGCUGACUGAGGAGCCCCCGCUUCCACCACCCCCACCCAGGCGCAAGGGUCCCCUGCCUGCUGGGACCCCCCCAGAGGAUGUGCCUGGGCCCCCCAAAAGAAAGGAGAGGGAGGCAGGGAAUGAGCCCCCCACCCCAAGGAAAAAGGUGAAAGGAGUCCGUGAGAGGCACCUGAAGAAGGUGGGUGGAGAUGCCUGCCUCCUCCAAGGAUCGGACCCAGGCGGCCCAGGCCUUCUGCCCCCCAGGGUUCUGAAUCCAAGCCAGGCUUUCUCAUCCUGCCACCCUGGGCUCCCUCCCGAGAACUGGGAGAAACCAAAACCACCUUUGACCUCUGCCGAGGGCCCAGCAGCGCCAUCCCCAUCACCACAGAGGGAGAAGCUAGAGCGUUUCAAGCGGAUGUGCCAGCUGCUAGAGCGGGUGCCUGACACCUCUUCGUCCUCCUCAGACUCAGACUCAGACUCCGACUCAUCAGGCACAUCGCUGAGUGAGGACGAGGCCCCUGGCGAGGCCCGGAAUGGGCGACGGCCAGCCCGGGGCAGCUCAGGCGAGAAGGAGAACCGUGGAGGACGACGGGCUGUACGCCCUGGCAGUGGGGGGCCCCUCCUCAGUUGGCCGUUGGGCCCCGCUCCACCGCCUCGGCCCCCACAGCUGGAACGGCAUGUGGUACGGCCCCCACCUCGAAGUCCUGAGCCUGACACACUGCCUUUGGCUGCUGGAUCCGAUCACCCUCUGCCUCGUGCCGCCUGGCUUCGUGUCUUCCAGCACCUUGGGCCCCGAGAGCUAUGCAUUUGCAUGCGAGUCUGCCGGACUUGGAGCCGCUGGUGCUAUGACAAGCGUCUGUGGCCUCGAAUGGAUCUGAGCCGGCGGAAGUCACUGACUCCACCGAUGCUUAGUGGUGUGGUUCGUCGCCAGCCCAGAGCCCUGGACCUCAGCUGGACAGGUGUCUCCAAGAAGCAGCUCAUGUGGCUUCUGAACCGACUGCAAGGCCUGCAGGAACUGGUGCUGUCUGGCUGCUCCUGGCUCUCUGUCUCGGCCCUGGGCUCAGCCCCACUGCCAGCCCUUCGGCUCCUGGACCUGCGCUGGAUCGAGGAUGUUAAAGAUUCCCAGCUCCGUGAGCUGCUGCUGCCUCCGCCUGACACCAAACCAGGGCAAACGGAGAGCCGUGGGCGGCUGCAGGGGGUAGCAGAGCUCCGCUUGGCAGGCCUGGAGCUGACAGAUGCUUCCCUGCGGCUCCUGCUGCGCCAUGCGCCCCAGCUGAGUGCCCUGGACCUGAGCCACUGCGCCCACGUCGGGGACCCCAGCGUCCAUCUCCUCACAGCCCCCACCUCCCCACUCCGAGAGACCCUGGUACACCUCAAUCUUGCUGGUUGCCACCGCCUCACUGACCAUUGCCUUCCGCUGUUCCGUCGCUGCCCUCGUCUACGCCGUCUAGACCUGCGCUCCUGCCGCCAGCUCUCACCAGAAGCUUGUGCCCGGCUGGCAGCUGCUGGGCCUCCUGGCCCCUUCCGCUGCCCAGAAGAAAAGCUGCUUCUCAAGGACAGCUAGUUGGGUGCCCCCCACUCUCCCCCAGGACUCAUCAGGAGCCUGGACCCCGGGCCUUCAUUUCACUCCUGCCAGGAGGCCAGGUCGCCCACCUCAUAACUUGGGAUUCCUGAGUUUUCAGACUUGGGAUUCCUGCCCAGGGACUUGAGCCAGCCUCCCCACUCUUUACCCCCUGCACUGAUAUUUCUGGGGGUCUCUCCCUCCCAUCUCCUCCCCUUUCCACCUGCUUCAUUGUCCAUCCCCUGGGGGGAGUGAGUCAGAGGUACUGGGGGUUGCCGAGCCAAAGGGAUGGUGGGAGGGGGGGUAAGGUGCAAGU